AACGUACAAUAUACGGUUACAACAUUAGAAACUGUAGAGGAUCACGAUCGGUUCUUCCCUCCUCACCGCCUCACCUGGCGUGCAACCCAAUGGAGUUCAUCGACGAGGACGCGAGACCUCGAUUCCUCUUCCAAGCUCGCUCGUCCCACUCAUCAUCUUCUCUUCCCGAGACCCCGAAGAUCUCCAAGCUCCACGCAGCAAGCUGUAUCUCCGCUGCCGCACUCCUCAUCAUCUCCGCCUUGUUACUCUCUUCGAGCACGUCCAUCCUAUCCACCUUCCUGAUCUGGAUCUCCCUAUCCCUUCUCGUUGCUCCCUUUGCCCCACCCUCCACUACCGGGGGUGAUCCUCGAGUCGGGCGCGGUGAUCCUCUUCCUUCACCUCUACCCAAACCAACCGAGCCCGAGGAGCCCCGGAGGCGCCCAGCUUCUCGAUGGAACCCUAAACCGACUGUCCCUUCGUCCUCACCUGGUGUAGUCCUAAAUCCAAAACCGGAUGAGAAAAGAGGAGUAGAUCCGGCCAGCCACGAUGGCGAAUCGGUAACGAAGGAAGCAAAUCAGGAAGAUGAAUGGUCUGUUGAGGAUCUCGAGGUUCUCAAGCGCCAGAUCUCGAAGCAUCCCGCCGGGGCACCGGGACGAUGGGACCGAGUUGCCGAGGCAUUCAAGGGCCAGCAUGGGGUGGAGAGCGUGAUCCGGGCGGCUAAAUCUUUGGCCGAGAGGAGGCCCCCUGGGAACGAUUCUUUCGCCCAGUUUUUGAAGCAGAGGAAGCCCUUGGACAAGCGAGUGGAUGUCAAUGUAGACUUAUCUGUGAAUGGGAGUGAUGGUGAUACCGUGGUUGGAAAUGUGGGAUGGAGCUCCGGUGAAGAUAUUGCACUGCUUAAUGCAUUGAAGGCAUUUCCUAAGGAUGCGCCGAUGAGGUGGGAGAAAGUGGCUGCGGCCGUUCCCGGGAAAUCGAAGACUGAGUGCAUGAGGAGGGUGUCCGAGUUGAAGAGGGAUUUUCGAAGUUCGAAGACUUCGGAGAGCUAAUUUUAUUUUCUUUUUCACACGGGUGAGUGCCACUUCUCAUGCCAAAGUCGUCCUUUUGUUUUGUAUGUUGAUGUUUAAUUGAACCCAAAUGUUCAGCUAUGAAAUUUUUGAGGAUUUUACUUUUUUUUCCAUUCUUUUAUAGUUGUUGUAAUACACUUUGUUGAUUUAUAUAUUUCUUCUGAAUCA